CCAUGACAGCUCCCAUGAACAGUUUACGUGCGCUUCGCUAGGAAGUGCAUCCAGUUGCACAUCAACAGUCGCUUUUACCACCACCUUGUAAGGUGAUGCACCGGACACAAAUCACUGGCUCUGGGUCAAGAAAGGGAAAAGCAAAGAAAAUCCUUUCCCCUCCAGUGCAAACGCACGACUACUGAAGUCUAUAAUCGAAACUAAAAGAGCAACGUAUUCACUCCGAGCUCCAAAGCCGUCACUGGGUUUUAAAUGGUUUUGCGGGCUCUCGGGUUUGUCCCUCACGGCGGCUCGUAGUUGAAGUACCUGAACCGACCGGUUGCUGUUUUUUUAAAGGGACAGAAGCGACAGAGGUUGCGUGCAAAAUCUCCGGGACGGACAGCAACUUUUACCAUGACGAAGGAAGAGAAACGCGGACUGCAGAUGUUUCAGAACUGACGACUCAAAGAGGAGGGAAAGAAACCCCCGUUUUAACUGGGUUGAAUAUCUCGCACCUCUGGAGUUAUAACAGGGGAACUGGAUGGCCUCGGUAGCACCAGUCAAGACAGAGAAGCGACCUGCCUCUGCUGAUGCAGACUCCGCUGCCAAGAAACCCAGGAAGCUCCUGCCCAGCCUGAAGACGAAGCGCGCCCCCGAGCUGGUGCUGGUGAUCGGGACCGGGGUGAGCUCGGCCGUGGCGCCCCAGGUGCCGGCGCUGCGCUCCUGGAAGGGGCUGAUCCAGGCGCUGCUGGACGCCGCCAACGACUUCGACCUGCUGGAGGAGGAGGAGAGCCGGCGCUUCCAGCAGAGCCUGCAGGAGGACAAGAACCUGGUGCACGUGGCCCACGACCUCAUCCAGAAACUGUCGCCGCGCACGGGUAACGUCCGCUCCACCUUCUUCAAGGACUGCCUGUACGAGGUGUUUGACGACCUGGAGUCCAAGAUGGAGCACGCUGGGAAGCACCUCCUGCGCUCGGUCCUGCAGCUCAUGGAGAGCGGGGCGCUGGUCCUCACCACCAACUUCGACAACCUGCUGGAGAUCUACGCGGCUCACCAGGGCACCAAGCUGGAGUCCCUGGACCUCACCGACGAGAAAAAGGUGCUGGAGUGGGCCCAAGAGAAGAGGCGGCUCAGCGUGCUGCACAUCCACGGCGUUUACACCAACCCCAGCGGCAUCGUGCUGCACCCCGCAGGGUACCAGAACGUCCUGAGGAACACUGAGGUCAUGAGGGAGAUCCAGAAGCUGUACGAGACCAAGUCGUUCGUGUUCCUGGGCUGCGGGCGCACCGUGGACGACACCACCUUCCAGGCCCUCUUCCUGGAGGCGGUCAAGCACAAGUCGGACCUGGAGCACUUCAUGCUGGUGCGGCGCGAGGACGUGGGCGAGUUCAAGAAGCUGCGCGACAACAUGCUGGACAAGGGCAUCAAGGUCAUCUCCUACGGCAACGAGUACGCGGACCUGCCGGAGUACUUCGAGAGGCUGGCCAACGAGAUCUGCACUCGAGAUGUGGCCGUCAAUGGCUGGGGAUCCCCAGAUCAGGAAGAUGUAAACCAGAAUGGCUUGAGUUCACAGAACAACCUCUUUCAAGACUGCCAUACCUGACAGAGGAAUGGAUGGGCUGUGGGGAAACAACAUCUGCGCUCUCGCAGAUCAUUAACCUGCCAGCCUGAAACCGGAGCUUAAUUCGAUGACCAGGUCCGAUAACGCAAAAGGACUGUGAUCUGAUCCACGAAAGAGACCCACUCUGGCUCUUCCAAGAAAGAAGGAAAAUCAUACCAUUCCUCUCCAAAGCCACUAUGGUUUUGUGUGGCUUCCAUCAUAUUGCAAAUAGCAGCAAGGGAGGAACAGCCUCUACACAGAGCCAAGUUCUAAUCAUGCGUAAUUGGAAAUGCUGUCCUCACAAUGUCAUGGUUUAGGCUCCCUUUCAAGAAAGAAAAGAGUAAAAAAAAAAAUGUCAAGAUCUGCGGUUAAGUGUCAGAAUGGCCUUGCAGACAGGCUCGAGUGAGGUGUUUCUAGGAUCUGAAAAGGGUGGAAGCUGUCUGGCAUUUUGGCAAAAUGUUUUAUGAUCUUUGAUGUAGGACCAGACUGAGAGGCUGUGAUAGGGGAAAAAAAAGCUAGGGAUUGGAUCCCCCUUUGGAACUGUGAAUCAUCUUUGAUAAGAAAGCCAUCGGUCAGCAGCCAUCAUGCAGAAUGUCAAUAUGGCCUGAAACCGCUUGCACAGGGAGGCAGGGAGGUGAGUGACGCCUUAUUUGUAAGAGGCUUGUUUCCUCCAUGACGUGAGGUUUGCUCUGAGUCUCUCUAGGACACACCAGGUUGUUUCCUUUUGACAGACCAGGAUCAUGGGCUCAGUUAUCAUUUCUAUGAUAGAGCCUCCAAAAAAAGCAAUAUCAUUUCUCUACCAAAGGCCUGAGCUGCUUGUGACAUAGUUGCUCUAACUAUAUCAUGCUGGUGUAUGGUUUUCCUGCACAGGCCCUGGAUGUGUGCGUAGGAGUAGUCUUUUAUUCAAUUUAAUUACCAUUUUGUCUUGAUGUCGAAUCCUCCAUUAUUGUAAAAACAACCACUUAUACGAAGUCCAGCGGGAUGAUCAGUACACAGACAGGUCCAUCCAGUUCCUCUGAACUCUUCUGGUUUUAAAAGUAAAAGCUUUAUUAACUUUUAUUGACUUAUUUUCUUAACAAAGGAAAGAGCUCUUGGUUUGUAUACUUACACCCUAGUAUGAUGAUUUUGUUUUGCAAUCAAAAAGCCAGGGGUGGUCUUCUCUGUACUAUGAAACGUUAUAGCUUUUAUUUCCAUAAAUUCUUUUUUUUAUUUUUUUUUUGUAGGGAUUGAAAUUUGAGUCUUUAUGUCACGACUUGAAAUAAAAAGUUUUAUUUCCCCCA